UCUCUUUUAAUUAACAUAGUCAUCAUCAUAAAAUAAAUAAAGUAUUUUUUUCACUCCUUUCACUAUUCUUCAUUUUCUGCCCACCCCACCAACAACAACUGAAGCCACCACAAGCAUCCCAAUCCCAAGAGAGAUGAAAUUGCUCUAUCAACUCAAAUCAGACUCAACCUACCACCUUAUUAAUUAAUCACAGACAGCAGAGGUUUUUGUUCAACAGAGCUAAGAUAAGAAGCUAGAUAGAAAAGUAUGGCUUUUGAAGAUUGUUCUUCUGAAAAGGAACUUCAGAAAGUCUCAAAGAGUUUUAUUCCUCUUUCUGGGACUAGUCUUGCAUCUUUGGAGUCUUUGUCACUUCCACUGGUGCAGGAGGUUGUUCUUUCUGCAGAUAUGCAAUGUGAAGAGUGCCAGAAGAGAGUUUCUGACAUUAUUACAAAAAUGAAUGCAGAAACUGAGUCCAUUGUGGUGAACGUAUUGGAAAAGAAGGUGAUACUUACUUUUAGGAUAUCAUCAACAACAAUUGGUAAAGAGAAAGUAAUAAUGUCAAAGAAAGUUACUCCAAUCAACAACAGUAAAGCUCCCAUUAUCAAACGGAUAUUCCGGUCAUUCAUAGUUUAACUUAACUACAAAUUACUACAUGUGCAUAAGAUUCGGUUUCAUUGAUUUUCACAAUUUGUACAGCACACACUCUUUGUAGUAUUCAUGAUUGAAUUUGUUUUCUAGUAACUUUUUUUUUUUUUUAUCAAGAACUAUCCCUCCAAAUCUUUUUGUUUUUCCAUUUUUGUUCAAAUAAAUGAUUUUAACAUCGACUUAGUUUUCUUUCAUCUUUUAUCUAUGUGUUCGUUUGAACAUGUAAUGUUGUUUAUUUUUUCAAUUUGGUGUAAUAUUUUUAUAAUAAAAAAUAAUUGUUACCUUUAUUAGCA